CACGCCCAUUAUUUGCUUUUCCAUGGGGAAAUCAAUCCAAAAAAAAAUAAAAAAAUUCAGGGUGGGAGUAACAUUACCGUCGUUAUCAUCAUGUUGGGAUCGUCAAGGCUUGAAGAAAUUGCAGCUAACGUUACUGGUCCAGCUGGGAUUCGGUCGAUGUCCACGAACUUGGUCAAUACACCAAAGGGAGGUGGAGGCCGCUCCUCCGUCAGUGGGCUUGUGGCCACAGUAUUUGGUGCAACUGGAUUCUUGGGACGCUAUGUCGUUCAGCAACUGGCAAAGGUGGGGACCCAGGUUUUCAUUCCGUACCGGGGAACGGAUAUGGACUACAUGCACCUGAAACCUAUGGGUGAUUUGGGACAGAUUGUUCCCAGAGAGUUCAGUUUGCGGGACGAGAGCUCCAUUCGAGAAGCGAUUGGACAGUCUAAUAUUGUAAUCAAUUUGAUUGGGAGAGAUCAUGAGACGCGCAACUUCAGUUUUGAAGACGUGUAUGUGACCGCACCGGCAACAAUUGCACGGUUGGUUAAAGAACAUGGAGGCAUUGAGCGGCUUGUGCAUGUCACUUGCUUGGGAGCGUCCAAGUCGUCUCCUUCUAGGCGUCACCAAGCCAUGGCUGCCGGAGAGGAGGCUGUGCAUGCUGAGUAUGACAAGGCAACCAUUCUAAGGCCAGGGGCGAUGUUCGGCACCGAGGAUCGGUUGUUAAACAAGUGGGCGAUAAUGUCGAAAAAAUUCUCGGUAGUGACGAUUGUUGAUGGUGGCAAAACCAGGUUGCAGCCGGUUCAUGUGGUAGAUGUUGCAGGUGCAGUUAUGGCCGCAAUCAGGGACGAUGGGCAAAGUCUUGGAAAGAUUUACGAGCUUGGAGGGCCGGACGUCACGACUGUUAGGGAUCUUGUGGAGCUGAUGUUUGAGACCAUUCGUGAAAAUCCACAAAUCUUAAGCAUUCCAAUGCCACUUGCUGAGCUGGUAACCGCCCCCCGAGAAUUGCUGCUGCGCCGUCUGCCUAUCCCUCUGCCAAGUCCCACUUUCUGGACUCGUGAAUACUUGGAGACUCUGAAGCAGGACCAGAUCGUUUCUGGGGAUGCUUUGACUUUCUCUGACUUGGGUUUGACCCCAAGGAAGCUGGAAGGGGUCGCCAUCGAGCAUCUUUACGCGUAUCGUGCCGGAGGUCCAUCGUUCGGCAAAACAGUUGGAGAGCGCGUGAGUGGUGCCGGCUGGUAGAUGCGCUUUGAGCUUUUGCGUUUGUUCCAUCCGAUCAUGGUCGUGCAGACGUAAGCACUCUGCCUACUCCCGAACGACGAGGUUGCAACGGAGCGGUGCUUCUCUGUGUGUAAGCUCUCCGUCUUUUAGUGUUUUGAUGUCAUUUUAGGAAGGCUAGCGGUUGGUUGAAUUUACCCAAAAAAGCUUAUUCCAUCGCAGCGACCAUGAUUAUAGUAGCGGUGCUAACUGGCAUCAUCAAGAUAGUGAUUAUAGCGGUGCCAACUAGCAUCAUCAAUCAAGAUGUUUAGUUGGAUUGCAACUAUGUGGGGAAGGGUUGUGUAAUUGGAAAGAAGAGGCUGUACAAUCACAACAAGCAACAUCCACCCUUGCUAUCGCUUUCCUUUUCGAUUCUUUGCAUCUCUUCAGACAAUUUCUACUCCUUUUUUUUUUUUUUUUUUUUUAAAUUCCCGCAAGCAUUUUUACUGUGUCGGACCCCUACUUCUGGCGAUACGAAUCGUUGUUCAAUUUGGGCUCUCAUCGGGUCAUCGACCCCCUUCUCUGCCUUAGUGUAAAAGUCGUCAUAUUCGUAAUAUUCGUAUAUUAUUAGUAAUAUUUAGUAAUAUUACUCCAUUCGACGCUCCGAAUGUGGAUAUUUGUUUUGGUAAUGGAGUGCAACUUUUAACCAACUGGCUUAGGUUAGAGCUUAGUUGGUGCAACCCUGCUGCUGAGCUGUUGAAAAACUUGAAAUGCACACCUGAGUUCGAACUCCUGUGAAAGCGAAAGCGUGGCUUAUUUCUCCAUCAUGAGUUCGAACCCAUGACGGCGUGGCUUAUUUCUCCAUCAGAUGUUCCGAACGCCGAUUUUUCAUUUGGUGAUGGCAGGACAGAGAAAUCAUCUGGUUAAUCUGGGCUUUCCCACUC